AUGGUAUCAUUGCUCAAGCCAGAAAUUUCUGAUUUCUCUCCCAAGCUACUUGGAAAUACUGAAGAGUCACCAUAUGUUCGGUCUCGUUGUGACGAGGCCAGUGGUCGACAUUUGGUGUUGUUGGCUGCUUCGGAUGUAAAGGAUUCUUCCGACGAACUGUUCGUGCUGGAAAGAACUACAUUUGCCGCUAUGAUCAGAAGUGUCGAAUCGAUAAAGGUGAGUAAUAACUGCCUGGACGAAACGUUUGUCGUUCGUGCCGAUUUCAAAAAUGUCUCGACGUGGGAAUGGAAGCCAGAUGCUAUCAGACCCGAUCGAGACAAAACGGGUCGACAAAAGAAUCCAAGGCGAAAUGGCACUCAUUUGAUCAAUGGCCUCGAUCCGGCCGUUGUGAAAAAACUUUCUGGCGCAUCGAUGUUCGGCGAUUUACCGUGUGUGAACAAGAGGGACGAUUCUGAUGACAAUCCAACGUCGCCAUCAUCACGUGCCGAAUCGGCACCUGCUGUUGAUGUCCGACCGAAUCCAUGCGAUGAAAUCCUAACAACUUUGCGUGAAAUCGAGCAAAUAUGCUUACAACUACGUGAUGUAGCCCCAGUAUCGCCUAUGGCCCGGCCAACCCUUCUGGACUGCGUCCAUCGACCGUCGCUAAUCACGCCUAGGUCCCAGAUGGUUUUCGAGGCCCUCAAUGGUCCAGCGAAUUUGGCGGUAAUCGCGGAAAAUGUCCGAAGGAUGACUGUAUUGGUUUUUGACUAUGCGAACACGCUGAAACCAAUAGCCGAUAUACAACCCGAGGAAAAGGUAACGUUGUGGGCGUGUUUUUCGGCCUCUUUCGUAUUUUUCUCAUCAGAGCAAUUCUGGCCCUGUUUCUCUGUUCAAACAUAA